AUGUACGUUAAAAUUAGCUCAACAGUCAGCUUAGCGGCCUCCAUCGCUGCUUCGCAGGGAGAGCAUGCAGCCGUCUAUUUAUACGCGAAGCCGGCAUUAUCUUCCUCUUCGAGGACGCAGAGACGCAUGACAGCGCGCGGCGGGGAGGAGGACGGCGCCGGGAGCCGGUGCGCGCCACACUGCAGCCCCGCGGGUGGCCGGGGACUUCCUGCAGCCGCGGGUCGGCGCGGGGCGCGCAGGGGCAGGAUCCACGCGGGCCACCCGCGGCCCUGCAGCUCCCAGCGCGCUCCCCGGGCGCGCCCGCUCAGGACUCACUCCCGCCCGUGCCUUACCUCGGUGGAAUCCUUGGCCUUUAGAGAGAGGGCUUAAAAAAAAAAACAACAACAACAAACAGCAGACAAACGAAAAACAAAUUCGAAACCGCCCGGGGACCCUCCCGCAGGAGCAGGGCGCACACACUGGCCAGCUCUAACUCUAGACUGGACUGCAUGUUGACAAGGGUUUCCAACCCAGCUUCCCCGAGGUGCUGCGUGACUCAGUCCUUGCUCAGAUGGUGGUUGCUGUAAAUAGCGGCAGUUUCCCUCCUUCCGUCUCAGAGCACGGUUGGGAAGGGAUUUGCACCAGGGACUCUGCAUUAUAGUCAAGGUCUUGGUAAGAUGGACACGCGCUUCAUCAGCUCUGGACUUCUUGGGACUUCUCGGCAUUCCCAGGUCCGAUUGCCCCGGUGGUGGAAGUCACCUCCCAUGUAUGAUGAAAUAAAUGUCCACACCUAGCAUUUGUGAUAACGUUGUUACAUUGUUUUCAGUUUUUGAAAGAUGCCGCAGAAAGAGGCAAAAGAUGGUACAGCACAACAGCCUGCCCCCCGCCCCCAAAUAGGAGAUCAAAUCUCAAUUCGAAGGGAAAAAGAGGAAUUCUCGGCUUAGAUAUGUAUGCAGCAUAUUUUAUAGUAUGUAUUUUUAUUUAAACAAUUUUGCUUUUCUGUAUUUUACAGUUUUCUUUAUUAAGGAUUUUUAUUUCAUGCUAUUUUUGUAAUACAAACUCUGA